CUCCACGUCCACUUCAAUACUAUCAACUAUUUUCUCACAGAGGUGUUGGAACAUUUGCUGCAUGGUUUAGGACUUGCAGAGCUUUCAAGGUUUCACAGACGGUUGCAUUGUUCUGGAUACAAACAUGUCGGGGAUGAAGAUGGAUCAGCUGCAUCGCUCAACCUUGAGGAUUUACUCGAGCUUGAUGGAAGAGUUCAACCCAAGCCUACAGAAGCUGGUCUCACUGGGUAACAGCUACGUCCAAGCUUUCCAGGCCCUUGCUGUAACAAGUGAGGCCUACUUUAGUGAACUUUCAAAGAUUGGAGAGAAGGCUUUGAACACCAUGUCUUCACGCUCCCUAGGAGAUGUCCUGAUUCAGAUCUCUGAGAGCCAAAGAAGACUCACGGUGGGGCUGGAUGGAGUAUUCCGCUGGUUCAGUAUGGAGCUCCUUCAGGAGAUGGACAGCAACAUUAGACUGGACAAAGAUUACAUAUCAAGCAGCAGGAAGCACUACGAAAUGGAAGUCCACAACCAGUCAGCAGCUCUGGAGAGACAGCUGAGGAGAGGAGACAACCAGGAUUGUAGCGAGUAUAUGCACUUCCUCAAGGAGAGCCACAACAACGCUCUGAAGGAGGAGGAGAGGCGAUACCGCUUCCUGUCGGAGAAACACUGCGGCCUGAUACAAUCCAUCGCCCACCUCAUGAAUAAGACAGGAGGAUCCCUCCAGCAGAGAGCUGAUUCCUGGACUGAGGAGGUCGAUGCCACCAGAGGACCCGAGGCCAGACUUCCCCCUCUUGUAGUCAACUCUAUGGGGAUGAAGGAGGAGGAUAUGAGAAGGAGCAGAGAGGAGCUGCAGCUCGGCAACAUCCCAUCAAGGGCUCCGUCUCCCCAGGGAGGCAUUUCUCGCUCCACAGGAGGCAGAUCCUCGAGGGCCCGCGUGGCCCACCAGCCCAGUGGUUCUAACCCCACCUUGCUGCCCUUCACCAGGGGAGAGAUGAUCACCGUGGUGGUCCAAGAGCCAAGAAACGGCUGGCUGUAUGGACGUGCUGACAGCAGCUCACGUGAGGGAUGGUUUCCAGCCGCCUAUGUGGAAGCAUUGGAUGAUCCUCCAAAGACAAUCAGCUCUAGUAGCCCCUCUCUCCGAAGCAGCAGCAGCAUGAGCAACUUGCUCGACCUACCAGGAAGCAGCAGUCACACCGGAGCCCCGCCCCCUCCACCGCCUUUAUCUUCAUAUAAACAGUAUGAGAUGCGACCGAUCACACCGACACCUGAUAGAAGGGCCAGGUCUCAUUCAGAAAACAAGGUAUCAAAACCACAUGGAUCACAGCCACAACUAUUCCCGAAGGGCACCAACCCAUUUGCCACAGUUAAGCUGAAGCCCACGUCCACUGAUGACAGAUCGGCCCCGCGUGUCAAUCGACGAUGACAUCUUCACCCCAAAACAAAAUGCUUUCGUUGAGCUUGACAGUUCAUUCUUGACCUCCGAAAUACCAGAGUGUAUAUGUGAGUGGAGGCUGUCUACUGUUUUGCUACUUUCUAAAACAACACUAGGUUUGGUAAGAGACACACACAGCUGAAGAAAGAGGACAGAAAAAUGUAUGAAUAUUUUAUCAAUUCUGGGUUUGCAUAAGGACUGUAGAUGUCUAUUUUUGGAUCUUGGUAAACUACAACAAACAUUGUGUUUUUUUAGGUUAUAAUGGUUUUAUCGUAUUGACUUUUUCAUAAUUGGCUCUGAUUUUAACAUUUGUAUAAAAGUUAGAAGGAAUCACUAUGAAACAAAUGUGUUCAUGUAACAUAAACUAAUGGGUGCAUUUAUCCUACCUGGUUCUAAAUCAUCAUUAAUUAUUUGUGUUUUCUGACAUUCUGACAAUGGAAGGUAUGAGAAUGACUUAUAUUGUCCAUUUGGAAAUCCAUGAUGUGUUAAUAGUGUACAGUUGAUGUUAGGAGUCAGUGCUGAGAUAUGUUUCAUUUGUAGCUCAGUGAUGGAUGCAUGAUAAAUUAUCAUUUGUUUUGUCAUUGUAUUGCAUCUCCACCAUUUCUUUCUGCAUG